UGUGAAACGAGGUGUUCAAGAUGGUGCCUUAUAACUUCACAGAAGCUGUAUUCAUCUGUAUACGAUCCAAAUGAAAAGACUUUUGAAAAGCUGCUUAUUGCCAACAGAGGAGAGAUUGCAUGCCGAGUCAUCAAAACGUGUAAGAAGAUGGGGAUUAAAACAGUUGCCAUACACAGCGACGUUGAUGCCAAUGCUGUGCAUGUGAAGAUGGCGGACGAGGCGGAGUGCGUUGGCCCAGCUCCCACCAGCCAGAGCUACCUCAACAUGGAGGCCAUCCUGGGCGUCGUCAGGAAAACCGGGGCCCAAGCUGUACACCCGGGCUAUGGAUUUCUUUCAGAAAAUAAAGAGUUUGCUAGACGUUUGGCAUCAGAAGGUGUCACCUUCAUUGGACCUGACACACAUGCUAUUCAGGCUAUGGGAGACAAGAUUGAAAGCAAAUUGUUAGCCAAGAAUGCAAAGGUCAACACAAUCCCUGGCUUUGAUGGAGUAGUCAAGGAUGCAGAUGAAGCUGUCAGAAUUGCAAGGGAAAUUGGCUACCCUGUCAUGAUCAAGGCCUCAGCAGGUGGUGGUGGGAAAGGCAUGAGAAUCGCUUGGGAUGAUGAAGAGACCAGGGAAGGUUUUAGGUUUUCAUCUCAAGAAGCUGCUUCAAGUUUUGGUGAUGAUCGCUUACUGAUAGAAAAGUUCAUUGAUAACCCUCGCCACAUAGAAAUCCAGGUUUUGGCAGAUAAACAUGGUAAUGCCUUGUGGUUGAAUGAAAGAGAAUGCUCCAUUCAAAGGAGAAACCAAAAAGUUGUGGAGGAAGCACCAAGCACUUUUCUAGACCCUGAAACUCGAAAAGCAAUGGGAGAACAAGCAGUAGCUCUUGCUAGAGCAGUACAGUAUUCCUCUGCUGGAACAGUAGAAUUCCUUGUGGACUCCAGUAAGAAUUUCUACUUCUUGGAAAUGAAUACUAGACUUCAGGUUGAACAUCCCGUCACAGAAUGCAUUACCGGCCUGGACUUAGUCCAAGAAAUGAUCCGUGUUGCUAAGGGUUACCCUCUCAGGCACAAACAGGCUGAUAUUCCCAUCAAUGGUUGGGCGGUCGAAUGUCGAGUUUAUGCUGAGGACCCCUACAAAUCUUUUGGCCUACCUUCCAUUGGUAAACUGUCUCAGUAUCAGGAACCAUUGCACGUGCCAAGUGUAAGUAAGUUGACUCUGGUUUUCAUAG